UGAAUCAAUGGUUGAUCUUGUUCAGUACUACUCCCUCCUGGAAGUAGUAAAUUGUGUUGUAAAAUCCUCCAGUGGGCAGGCCUCCGUGAGCGUCGCUGAGCACUACAGCGUGUUGGCCCCAAACGUGAGCGGGGCCCAGCUUCGGCACGCCCCCGUGCACUCCAAGGUGCGGUACUUUCACAUGUCGGAGGAUCUCUCCGAGGACGACGUCGUCACCCUUGUCAGCGGUGAGGGUUUGCUGGACCUCAUUGCAGCGGCGACUGCGGUCCACUGGUUGGACGUCCCAAUGUUCUACGCCGUGGUCAAGGGCGUCCUCAGGAAGCCCGGCUGUGUCUUUGCAGUGUGGGGGUACAACCUGGACAUCGACCAGUUUGGGAGCAAACUUCAGGAGCAACCCAAUGUGGUCAUUCGCCCGUACAUCGACCAAAGGGGUAAGCUGGCCUUUGAUCAGCACCGCGAGCUGCCAUUCCCAUUCAAGCCUAUCGGCAUGGGCUGGGAGGGGAAGCCAGCGGACAUGGACACGCUG